UCGAGAGCCAAAGGCCAAACUAAUCACGGCGUUGUCUGUGGGAGACUUUGCCCCUUGGUAAAGCAUUAUCCCAACGCUCGUCCAGUAACCUGUUCAAGUGGGCUUGGGCAUGGUGCUCCCACAAAGAUUCACCGUUGGAUUGAAAUUAUGUCUGUUACAGCAAACCUUCUGAAAUACAACAGAUGACAAAUAAUUCGGUCGUUCACUCUGGCGUUCUAAAUUUUCCUACUAUUCGUCUGCGCUGAAGGUCAUGAAAAAAAUACCGGUAGAUAUAACGAGAAUUGUUCCAACAAAUAUUUGUAUAUGGCUUGUUCGAGACGUGGGGCAGUGGUACCGCUCUACUUUUUCUUUGGAAAUUGCUGGAUUUUAGGCUCAUGGAGGAAGGAUAUAGGUUCCAUGUCCCUUGCGAUCUGAUACCUUAACAUCCCCUGAAUCCUCCUCAAUGAUAGGAAAAAGUAGUGUCGUGGUAGAUUCCUGCACAACUAGAUCUACAAAGAGCUUGCUGUAUCUUGCUGUUAGACGAUGAACUAUGAGCUGCUUACUUGGUUGCACAAGUUCUACGUGAUGCUUUGACUGAGUGGACGCGGCUACUUGCACAGAUGCGGAAGACUCGAAGGUUAAAACUUUCACACCAAAGUACAGAGCUCCGCAAUGCUUCUAGUGCAAUAUCUGCAUCGUUCAGUAGGACAUAAAGCUCUAAAUAAGGUAAUACAUAGAAAACAAGGUUCAGAAAGUCUUCGUCAAGAUGCACUUGUGGAUGAUUCCUGACAGCAGGCUGAGACCCUGAGAUGGCUGCAAGAGGCAUCUGUACAAUAAGUCAAGAUCUUGAUCUUCUCAAAUCAUGGGUUGACCUUCUCACCAUCUAUUAUGCUUCGAUCAAGCACCUUCAGAUCUAGUAUAGAACCUGGGAAAGGACCUUCAGUCUUUAGAGAAUUCCAGGGUCUUUCCUGUGAUUUGAGCACAGGAAGUCGUUGCCCCGGGGAACCUCGUUCGAAACUAAUAUCGGCAGUACGCAGUAAAUAGAUUUAGGAUAGAUUUAGAAAUAUCGUAGCGGACCGGAUUCGGCCCGAGCCUGGACUCCCUUUGUAGAAAAUCUCCCAGGGAUCUACAAGAAGAGAUUAUGAAGAUCUCCACAUUUUGGUUCACCGGUUGAGAAGUUUAGAUACGUUCACAAAGUCGACAAACCUGUCGACUUUGUACCUCGAUUUUGAACUUAUAUAGGCCUACAUCUAUGUUAGUCGAAAAUGUUGGCAGGAAAGAAUCCGAUACUGUCGAUCGGGUCACCUUCGAUGAAGUGCAGUUUGUGCUGUUAGAUGUCUAUCGGAGUGUAUCUGGAACUUCCCAACUGCCUGCCUCUGCGUGCAUACAGGCGUCGGAUUUGAGACUCAUUGUAGGUUGAGCUUGGCGUCAAGAAAUCAUUCUUGAAAGUUUUAUUAUGAAGAGAAGAGGUUUAUCAACCUCAUCAUGGAUCACGCAAUUAGCCCUUCUGCUGCUGUCAUCGUGCUGUCUUCCGAGUUCUGGACAGUCUGAAACAGGCAGCCCGGACGGAGAUGUCGCAGCUCUGAGAAGUAUACGCACUGCGUUUCAAAUGACGGGCAAAUGGUUUGGUGCUCCAUGCGAUUCUCCACCCUGGCUGGGAGUGAACUGCAAUGCUACAACACAGAGAGUGGAACUGAUUGAUCUAAAGGCGAGAGGCAUCAGCGGAUUCAUACCUAGCACAAUCAAGGACCUAACGGCGCUUAAAUAUUUAGAUCUGUCGAACAACAAAAUCGGCGGGCCGAUUCCAAACGCGUUGGCCUCGAUAAGUAGCCUCCUGACGCUGUCUUUGGAUAAUAAUAGCUUCUGUGGACGAAUCCCAGACGGUCUACUACCAGAGAGGUCUGACUUCAGCUGGUCUGGGAAUCCAUCUCUUUGCGAGCCGGGUGACCUUUGUGACACAGCGGGAUGUAUCGCACAAGCGGAUCCUCCAAGAUCUGCAGGAAGUGAGCAAUCUGGUGGUAUGAAUCUAAUAAUUGGUGCCGUCAUAGGCGGACUUGUUGUACUUGGACUUUUAGGUGGUCUCUUCAUCACAUGCUUCUACCUAAGAUCUCGUAAAUCACGAACCAUUUCUCUUCCAGUCGUUGACUAUAAGCAAGCUGGAGCUAAAGCAGCUAACGAAAAUCUCAGCGUCUCACCAUCACGAUCAGAUGACUUCCAAAAUACAACACCUUCUCCUUUUCCGCAACCUGUGGAGAACUAUACAAAUGCAACUUUGAGCCAAGCUGCAGGUUACAUUUCAAAACAGGAGAUCGUUACUGCUACCAAUAAUUUCUCUAGACAAAUUGGAGAAGGAGGGUAUGGUCCUGUUUUCUGGGGAGUUCUUGCAAACGGGAAAGAAGUAGCAGUUAAGGUGAACAAAAUUCUUGAUCAAGGGACACAGGAAUUCGUGAACGAGGUCGGUCUACUCACGAGGGUUCAUCACAGAAAUCUCGUGACUCUACUUUGCUUCUGUGAGUGCGGAGACGAAAGAUUUCUGGUCUACGAGUACCAGGCGAGAGGCACUUUGAGUGAUCUCCUCUGCGGAAAGGAAGCGGAAAAACAUCCUCUGGACUGGCCGACCCGUCUUGAUAUUGCUCUGAAUGCGGCAAAAGGGUUGGAGUACUUGCACACAGGCUGCAAUCCGACAAUCAUUCACCGCGAUGUCAAAAGUAACAACAUACUCAUUGACAGCAAUUUUGUGGCCAAGGUUGCUGAUUUUGGAAUUUCCAAAGCGACAUCUGAUAAUGACGGUACAAAUGCUUUCUCGACUCUAGUCAGAGGCACGCCAGGCUACGUUGAUCCUGAGUACAUAUUGAGCCAGAGGCUGAGUACCAAGAGCGACGUAUACAGCUUUGGUAUUGUCCUCAUGGAGCUUAUUGCAGGAUGUCGUCCUUAUGGACAAAACAAAGACGGCACCAGGUUCAACAUCUCCGUGAUGGUCAGGGAGGCUUUGUCAAUGGGAAACAUUUUGAGUAUUGCUGAUCCGGCGCUGAAGGUGAUGGACUUCAAUCCGGAGUCUAUGUGGAGGGUGGCUGAUAUAGCCUUCUCGAGUGCAAACAGAGAAGGUAGUAAGAGGCCGGACAUGACCCAAGUUGUCCGUGGUCUGACGGAGGCCAUUGCGCUGGAAAGGUCCCACGAUCCCAAUAACCCUGCGGAGCCUCCUAGUUUUUGCAGGACCACCACAUUCAACAUGGCCAGUCGAUAAUCAGCAGUCUCCAAGUUUGGCUGCCCGGCAAAUCUUAGUGGUCAUUUCCAUUCAUUAGUUGUUAGAUCUGUACUCUAGAAUCAGACCACUCAACAUCACUGUUUCAAACCAAUACGUGAUCUACAAGAACCAUCUUGUCCCUCUUUGUUACGCCAACCUCACUUACAGAAAUAUAGUCACUUUGACACAUCAACUAUGUGGGCUCUUUACAGUCUAAAAUCAAAUUCAAGCUUUUAGUGAGCCUGGAUUGAUCUCAAGCCGCCUACAUGGAAGUUUGUCCCAUAUCACGCACGGAUGCAUCAACGUGCAAACUAUACAUAGAGUACAAACCAGGUGUUUAUAAGUUUACGGAUACAGUGGACAAGCUGAAAACACGCAGCAGGAAGCUCCAUGAAUCAAGAUUGAAGCGUCCAGUCGAGAUAUAAAAUGGAAAGAAGAAAGGGUGAUGCAUUAUCAGACUGUUACUGCCAGAACACAACAAAGACUACUUUGAAAGGGUUGCGGCACAUAAUUUCUUACUUGGAUUAGAGAAGACGUCACUGGGGUGGUCU